AUGGCUCAUUCAUGCAGUCGGACACAAAGCGUACGUAACGAGGACGGGCCGGAUGCGGAACGGAGACGCGAACGCAACGCUGGCGAUAUUUCCGACGACAUGUCGUGUCACCAUCGAGAUGCACCCCCACACGACACCACCGACUUCCCAUGUCAUUUUUUGCCAGUGACGAAAAUUAAUUACGUACAAUCUAUGUUGCUAAUGUUUUUGCUGCAAACGUUUGACUUUGGUGAAGCAUCUCGCAUGCGAUGUGAGGAAGACAAAUGGCUAGAGAAUUCUAUACAUUUCCAGACCGUUUCCUGUAGCAUUGCACGGUUCAGGUUUAAUAUUAAAUUAAUGUAG